CGAGUAUUAGACAUAAACCUCGUCUCUGAAACGAAGUGUUUGGUUCUUACUGAUUCUUAACGGUCCCAAAAUAGGGAGCAGCAGAAGACUGUGACGUGACGGUGGAUCCUUUUCUAACGCGUCUCCCUUCAUCUCUAAAUCCCUUCAACAGUAAACAAACAGAGAGAGAAUCAGAAAAGAUUCUUUUGAUCCAUUUUUGAAUUACAUAUCUCUAUCACAGGUGACAUGUUUCUAUUUUUGGAUAGCCAGUUUUCUUAAUCAUAAUUUUUUGAGAGAUUUCACAGGUAACCCAUCAGCUUCUAUAUCUUCCUGAUUCAAAACUUUUCAAUCUUUUUAACGUUUUCAUAACAAGUUCUUGAUAAUCUUUCAUCAAUCAUCAUCAUCGUUAUUUCCUUGUUGAAUAGAUGUUUGGAUUUUUCAAAUCUCCGGGAAACAAUAAGCUUCCCAAUGAAUCAUCAGGAGGAACAAUCACUGCAGGAAGAAGGACUUCUUCAGAACCAAUCCUUAUAACACCUGAUUUCGACGAUGACGACAAAUACAAGAACGGUUUCCGUGAUUCCGGUGGUCUGCAGAGCCAAACCACAGAAGAGUUAGAGAACUAUGCGGUUUAUAAAGCUGAAGAAACAACCAAAGGUGUUAACAAUUGUCUUAAAAUCGCUGAAGAUAUAAGGUCGGAUGCUACAAGAACGCUCGAAAUGUUGCAUGACCAAGGUGAACAGAUCAACAGGACUCAUGCUAUGGCUGUUGAUAUGGAUAAAGAUCUUAGCCGGGGAGAGAAGCUUUUGAACAACUUAGGAGGAAUGUUUUCAAAGCCAUGGAAACCAAAGAAGACUAAAACUAUCUCAGGACCUAUGAUCACACCAGAUAAACCGUCGAAGAAGGGUGAGAAUCACAAGAAAGAGCGAGAGAAACUCGGUUUGGGUGGGAAAGGACGAUCGAGCAGCCAACCACCUGCACUAGACCAACCAACAAACGCGUUGCAGAAAGUUGAGCAAGAGAAGGCAAAACAAGACGAUGGACUUUCAGAUUUAAGCGACAUUUUGGGUGAUCUUAAGAGCAUGGCUGUUGAUAUGGGAUCUGAGAUCGACAAGCAAAACAAAGCUCUUGAUCAUCUCGGCGACGAUGUUGAUGAGCUUAACUCUCGUGUUAAAGGAGCUAAUCAACGGGCACGUCAUUUGCUUUCCAAAUAAGCAACCCACCUUCCACAAACAUUGCUGUCCUUAUAUGUGUAUUAUUACUACGUAUCUUCUCUUUGUCAAUUUCGUACAUUUGAGAUUUUCUUCUUUGUUCAUUAUUUGCUACUAGAAUUGUCAAU